AUGACCAAUCAGAUUUCAGAAAAUCAAGCAAGAAGAGAAUCAAACCCAAAUAAGAUUGAUAUUGAAGAAAUAGGGGAUAAGCUUGAGCUUGUUAAACAAGACCAAGAGGGCAUUGCGAUUCUGUGUGCAAGACCGUUGAGACUUCUUGUCAGAAGGUCAUUGGUAAACCAAGGAGAUUGCUUGAGGAUUACGGUUUCAAAUGUGACUGUGAUCGGUGCAAGGUGGAAUCUAGCUGGUCGGAAGAUGAGAACGAUGUCAUGGACGAAUUCAAUUUCCCUCCAGCAUAAUUCUUUGUAA